AUGGGGAAGCCAAGAAAGGUUAAGUGGGAGGAAGGUUUGCCUGAUAACUACUUCUUUGGAACAUGUCAAUCAAGGAAGCUCUUUCCUUACUACCAUCCCCCAAACAGAUUGGGGAACAAGUUUCUCCCUAUUAGGGGGGCGCCCCACCGUGGGCCUGGACGGUACACAGACACAGAUUGGAAUAGCUUAGCAUACAACUUAUCUAAGAUUCCCACCAGUGUAAAAGGAUAUACUCUCGGAGCCAGAACAGCGGCAAGAUUUAAGACAAUCAAGGAUACAACACCUUACCCAGGCAUGUACCAGAAAGUAAACACUGGUGAAAAGAAAGUCAAGCAAAAUUUUGCUCCAUUUAAUACCUUGAUGCCUCAAUUUGGGAGCUAUUCAAAGGAGCCUUCUUAUCCUGGUCCUGGCACAUACAACCCAGAGAAAAAGCCACCCUUAAAAGUUACUUGGCCAAUGGUAUUUGGAGCUCCAGACUGGGAUCAGGUUCCUUGUCUGGAGAAAAGAACCCUUAAAACUGAGCUGUCAACAGACAAAGACUUCAGAGAGCAUCGGAACCGUGUGGCUUACUUCAGCCUAUAUUACAAUUGAGAAGUAGUCACUACCUUCAUGUACUCUUCUUGACCAGGGGAUCUCCAGGACUGAGUAGAGAGGCCUUCUUCUACUUCUUCAUUAAUUUGGCCCUCUUGUCUGCCAGGGUGGGGCCAAGGGAGAGGAGCAAGGUCUCAUACCAACUGUAUACAAACAUAAAAGACUUGUCAAGUA